GCCAAAGUGAACGGUUCAUUUAACGGGACCACGAAGCGGUGUAUCGGUAGACACAUAGAAACUAAAGCACAACGAAUCUCUCUCUGUCCCUCUCUCUCUCGGAAGGAGUACGUACCUGCGCGAAGCGAAAUAUUGAAAGGAAAAAGUUGUUGGUUAGAGUGAACCAUUCAGAAAAUGAUAAAAAGUGAAGAAGUGUCCGAUUUGAAUGGUCGCUCGGCCAUGAGUGUGGACCAUCUGGGUGGUGGCUCCGGCUCCUACUACCAUCCACAUCCCUUCACCCACCCACAUCCGCAUCAUUCCCAUCCGCCCAGCCAUUCCGUGCAUCUGUAUCGCCCGGGGAAUCUGCUGCCACCCGGCGCGGUUGGUGGCUAUCAGACGGCUGGCAUGCUCGGCGGCGGCGGGGAGUCGCCCACGGAGAUGAUCGACGAGAAGCCCAAUAUCGAGUACAUGGAGCGCAAGUACUACAUGGACACCAAUGGCAUGGCCACGCCCACCUCCCAGCACUACAGCCUGAAUGCGCUGCACAGCAUGGGAACGCCGCCGGCCUCGUCCAGUCCCAUUCCCCCCUACGGUGCACUGAUGACGGCCCACACCCAUUCGGCGGGCUCCGUGUCGCCGAACUCCAGCUCGAAGACGCCCACGGAUCAGGAGAUGCAGUACGUGAGCUCCUCGUCGGUGAAGGCGCCACCACAGCCCAUGAACCACCAGUACACGUCGACCAUUAAGUACUGCUCGAACAACACCAUUCUCAGUGCCAAUGAUUAUCAGCUGAUGACCAGCCACGAGGUGGAUCCACAGCCACAAUUGCAGCACCACCAACCACAGCAGCAGCAGCAGCAUCACGAGCAUCACGAGCAUCAUGAGCACCAUGAGCACCAUGAGCAUCAGGAGCAUCAGGAGCAGCACUCGCCACAAGUUGGUGUUUACAUCACGUAUACACGUAUCUCCGCCUCGCCCACGCAGGUCAUCAGCAAUGCCCACGGCAUGUCCGUGCCGAAUUACUCCAGUGCCAGCUCCUCGCCAGCCAAGUCGCUCAAUGGCUCUGAUGCCUCGCCACCAGCGCCAGCCGUCAGUCAGGGCAAGUCGAGCGCUGCGAAAGCCCAGGAUACAGCCACGCCGGAUACCACCAAGAAGUCGGGCACUCGUCGUCCCGAGAAACCUGCGCUGAGCUACAUCAAUAUGAUUGGACACGCCAUCAAGGAGUCGCCCUCGGGCAAGCUGACACUAUCGGAGAUCUAUGGGUAUUUGCAGAAGAGCUACGAGUUCUUCAACGGACCCUAUGUCGGCUGGAAGAACUCGGUGCGUCACAAUCUCAGCCUGAACGAGUGCUUCAAGAAGCUGCCCAAGGGCAUGGGCGUGGGCAAGCCGGGCAAGGGCAACUACUGGACCAUCGAUGAGAACUCGGCGCACUUGUUCGAGGACGAGGGCAGCCUGAGGCGUCGUCCGCGCGGCUAUCGCUCCAAGAUCAAGACCAAGUCGUAUGCAGGACACACGAAUGGCUUCUACGCGGGCAGCUAUGGUGAUGCGGGAAUGGACAAUGCCAACUUUUAUGCCUCGCCCGCUUAUGGCAGCUAUGACUACAGUCCGGCGCCCAAUGGCGUCGCUCCGGCUGGCGCUCAGGGCUUUGGCGAUGCCUGGAAUGUGCAUGCCGCGCACACUGGCUCCCCGGGUGUGGGCAUUGGCGGUCUGCCGCAGUACUCGAACAUCUCCUGCCUGACGGGCGGCAACAAUUUGAAUGGAUCCUCCACCCCGCCAAUGGCUCACUCUGCCCUGGGCAUGGGCUCGGGGCCGAGCGCCUCUCCAGCUGGAGCUGUGGCGGCGCUUCAAAGUGAUUAUGCGCCAGCCGCCAGUCUCGUGGCUGCGGGCUACUCCUAUGCAACAAGUGGCAGUGGCCUGGAGAACGGUCUCCGCUCCCUAACGCUGCAGCAGCUCCCCGGCCUGUCCACCAUUCAGCAUGCUCAGGCGCAGGCCCAUGCGCAGGCGCAGGCGCAGCACCACCAUCAGCAUCAUCAUCAUCAUAAUCAUGGAUCCAUGACGCCACCGCCAUCGCAGUCGGGCAACCAUGUGAUCGAUCACUCGCCCAUUGAUCGCAAACCGGUUUACCUGCCGCCCAUAACUCCGCCCCCCACAGCGGUGGCAAUCAAUGGCAAUGGCAACGGCAAUGGCGUUGGUGGUUACUACGAUGCGCUCAAGUAUGCCAAUUAGCCACGGGAGUGACGCCAUAAAUAUUACCUCAAAGGAUAAUCAUCAGCUUAAUUAGGCUCUAAGUAGUGGCAAACAAAAGAUAGAACAGCAAUAAAGAAUAUCUAAAUAAUAAAUUAUAUAUUAGAUUUAGCAAUAAAUACAACAAAACAUUUAUAAACAAGACAUACAG